AGAGGUGACUGAAAGAAUAAAACUUUUACAUUUUGCAUGGAGUAAGAAUGCCAGAGUUAAGAAGUGGAGCAAGGAGAUCGAGACGCCUUGACGAGCAGCCUAACCCUCAGCUAGUUGCAGAAGCAGAAAAUAUCGUACUUCCUCCUCAGACUGCAACAAGGAGACGAGGUGGUGGUAGAGGAAGGGGGAAUGCUGCUUUAGCUAAAGCUGCGCCACCUCCAAGACCAACUGCUGCCGGUAGGGGCAGGGGUAUCAGGCUGACAGACUUAGAGCCAGAACCUUGUGAGGUUCGUCCAGCUGCAGGUGCUAUAGGGGCCACUGAACCUGCCUUAAAUCGUGUUGAAGGGGUAGCUGAUAAGGAUAUUGCUGCGGAAGGCGGUAGCGCAGAGAAAGUAGUAGGCAUGGAAGAAGAUUCCAGCAUGGGUCCAGUCCCUGAAAGGGUACAAGUUGGAAAUUCUCCUGUUUAUAAGACGGAGAGGAAACUUGGUAAGGGUGGCUUUGGCCAAGUUUAUGUUGGCAGAAGGGUGAGUGGUGGCAGUGAUAGGAUUGGAGCAGAUGCAAUUGAGGUAGCUCUGAAACUUGAACAUCGCAAUAGUAAAGGCUGUAACUUUGGCCCACCUUACGAGUGGCAAGUGUACAAUACGCUCAAUAGCUGUUAUGGAAUUCCUGCUGUGCAUCAUAAGGGUCGUCAAGGAGAUUUUUACAUUCUGGUCAUGGACAUGCUUGGGCCUAGCCUUUGGGAUGUUUGGAAUUCCUUGGCUCAAUCGAUGUCUCCAAACAUGGUAGCGUGCAUUGCAGUGGAGGCGAUAUCUAUUCUUGAAAAACUGCAUAUGAAGGGGUUUGUGCAUGGAGAUGUGAAACCAGAAAACUUUUUACUUGGUCAGCCUGGAACAGCAGACGAGAAGAAACUAUACCUUAUCGAUCUUGGUCUAGCAUCGAGAUGGAAAGAUUCACACUCUGGCCAGCAUGUGGAAUAUGAUCAAAGACCAGAUGUAUUUAGAGGAACAAUAAGGUAUGCAAGUUGUCAUGCACAUCUUGGUCGUACAGGAAGUCGGAGGGAUGAUCUGGAGUCAUUGGCUUAUACAUUAAUAUUUCUGAUGCGGGGAAGGUUGCCAUGGCAAGGGUACCAGGGUGACAACAAGAGCUUUCUUGUUUGCAAGAAAAAGAUGUCAACCUCUCCUGAAUUGAUGUGUUGUUUUUGUCCUCCCCCGUUUAAGCUGUUCCUCGAGGCAGUUACAAAUAUGAAGUUUGAUGAGGAGCCCAACUAUGCCAAGCUUAUCUCGAUUUUUGAUACUCUUAUCGAGCCAUGUGCUAUAUCUAGACCAAUUAGAAUUGAUGGGGCUCUAAAGGUUGGCCAAAAGCGAGGAAGAUUGCUUAUCAAUUUGGAAGAGGAUGAACAGCCGAGGAAGAAAAUUAGAAUCGGCAGUCCUGCCACUCAGUGGAUCUCAGUGUAUAAUUCACGCCGUCCUAUGAAACAGAGAUAUCAUUACAACGUUGCAGACUUAAGACUUGCACAACAUGUUGAGAAAGGUAACGAGGAUGGCCUUUUCAUAAGCUGUGUAGCAUCAGCAGCUAAUCUCUGGGCCAUCAUCAUGGAUGCUGGGACUGGUUUCAGUUCUCAAGUUUAUGAACUGUCCUCGGUCUUCCUGCACAAGGACUGGAUUAUGGAACAAUGGGAAAAGAACUACUAUAUCAGUUCCAUAGCUGGUGCAAAUAAUGGGAGCUCGUUGGUUGUUAUGGCUAAAGGAACUCCUUAUACCCAGCAAUCAUACAAAGUCAGCGACUCAUUUCCGUUCAAGUGGAUAAAUAAAAAGUGGAAAGAAGGUUUUCAUGUAACAUCCAUGACCACCGCUGGGAGUCGUUGGGGUGUAGUAAUGUCCAGGAACUCAGGCUACUCUGAACAGGUGGUGGAGCUUGACUUUUUGUACCCAAGUGAAGGAAUACAUCGAAGGUGGGAAAGUGGAUACAGGAUAACAUCAAUGGCUGCAACUGCUGAUCAAGCAGCUCUUAUAUUGAGUAUACCUAAACGAAAAAUAACCGAUGAAACCCAAGAGACUCUCCGCACUUCUGCCUUCCCAAGUACCCAUGUCAAGGAGAAAUGGGCGAAAAAUCUGUACAUUGCAUCAAUAUGCUAUGGUCGGACAGUUUGCUGAUGAAACAUGAAGUAUACUGUUUCAACCCCUCUCACCCUCGCUCUAGGUUUCAAGGGAUGAUCUCUCUCUAGAAGCCGGACAACGUGUAGCUUCGGUUUUAGUACAAUCCAAAGGUAAACCUUAACCAGGAGCCAACCUAUGUGACUGUGUAAUGAAAUGAAAUUUGUCUC